UAUGCCACCUACAGGCUACACAUCGCUAUCCAUGAUUUCCGCUGGGCCACGAAAAACAAGAGAAGAGCUGAUCAGAGAGUAUUACACAGCUGGCUUCACCCAAAUCGAAAUCUGUGCACUGCUUUACCUCAGACAUGGUAUAAAUCUCAGUAUUCGUCAUUUGAAUCGCAUCAUGACUCAGCGUAGCAUUCGAAGACAUGUACAUAUGGAAGAACUUGUUGCUGCUGUUCAGUAUGAAUUAUCAGAGAGUGGUGCAUAUCUUGGGUGUCGCAGUAUGUCAAGAAGACUUCUCUCAAGGCACAACAUUCAAGCAUCCAGGGAUGCCGUUCUCCAAAUUCAGCAUGAAUUGGAUCCUGAAGGGGUGCAACUUCGAAGGUACCAUCGGCUUUCAAGGCGGGUUUAUCGCAAUGCGGGGCCAAACUUUUUGAUCCAUCUUGAUGGAUAUGAUAAACUGAAGCCCUAUGGUUUUGCGAUUCAUGGAUGCAUGGAUGGUUACUCAAGACGAAUCCUUUGGUUGAGGGUGUCAAACACAAACAACGACCCAGGGGUCAUUGCUUCCUAUUUUUUGGACUACCUGAAAGAGAUACAAGGUGUACCAAGGUGUAUCAAGAUGGACGAAGGGACAGAGAAUGGUGUAGUUGAAAAUAUACAAAAGGCGUUUCGUUGGUUCCACGGGGAUGAAAGAUGUGGAGACCGGAGUGUGAUCACAGGAUCAUCCCACACAAACCAGAGGAUUGAACGAUGGUGGAGAACACAGCGUUGUGGAGGGAUAGCCUACUGGAUCGACCUCUUCAAGGACAAAGUUCAGGAAGGCUGUGUCAUUACAUCCAACCGUUUGCACAUUGAAUGCUUAAGGUUCUGUUUCACUGAUCUAAUUCAAGAGGAACUGAACCACAUUUCCAUUGACUGGAAUCAGCACAGGGUAAGAAGGAUGCGUAUCGCUGAGAGUCCCCAUGGGAAGCCAGACAUCAUGUUCUUCAUGCCGGAAGUAUAUGGAACACAUGAUUAUAAAUUCCCGGCGUCGGUUGACGACAUCAGGGCAGCUGAACUGUUAACAACCACUCGACCCCUUGACAGAGGAUGCUCACCAGAGUUCAAUAAUCUGUGCCGUGUACUGAUCCAUCAGUUUGGGAGACAUAUGCCUCAAACAGCACAUGAAGGACUUGAACUUUACAAUUGGUUACUUCAGAAAUUGGGAAACUAACUCGAUAUCUUUCAUUUCUUUGUGUAAUAUCGAGUCAUAUAUGGUAAAACAUAAAGUCAACAUACCAUUUUUUGUUAUGCAGGACUCUCAUCAUUUGACCCAAUAAAAACAAAAACAAUA